UCGUUUUAAUUAGUAUAUUUAACUUUAUGGUAGGAAGUUUAGUUGUAUUCGAUGUUAGUUGUGUGAACAUGCGUUGCCGUAGUUACGCAACCUGUUAAGUCGAUAGUUUCCACCAAUAUCGUCGUGUCAGGAUUGCAGGAUAGAAAAAAAUGGGGCGUAAAGUGGUGGUAGCGGUGUGCACUCUGAACCAGUGGGCCCUGGACUUUGAGGGCAAUUUGAGCAGAAUACUCCAGUCGGUGCAGGAGGCGAAAGAGAUGGGGGCUUUGUAUCGAACUGGUCCCGAAUUGGAAAUAUGUGGCUAUAGUUGCGAAGAUCAUUUCCACGAGCCAGAUACAUACUUGCACAGUUGGCAAGUAUUAGCAGAGCUACUAAAGUCGUCGACUUGCAAAGAUAUGCUCAUAGAUGUGGGUAUGCCUGUACAGCACAGGAAUGUAUCCUACAACUGUAGAGUCGCAUUUCUCAAUAAGAAGAUUCUGCUAAUCCGGCCUAAGAUGAUGUUGUGUGAAGAUGGAAAUUACAGGGAGACUAGAUGGUUUUCAUGUUGGACUAAGGAGCGUCAAGUAGAAGAUUACUAUCUGCCUCGGAUGAUAACUGCGAUCACGAACCAGACCACAGUACCCAUCGGCGACGCGGUCAUCGCGACCAAGGAUACUUGCAUCGGCUUCGAGAUAUGCGAAGAGUUGUGGAAUCCGCAAAGUCGGCAUGUUCCCUUAAGCCUCGACGGAGUGGAAAUCAUAUCAAACGGUUCAGGAAGCUACAUGGAACUGAGAAAAGCUUACGUCACAGUGGAUUUAGUAAAGAGUGCCACAUUUAAGAGCGGCGGGGCUUACUUAUUUAGUAAUCUAAGAGGUUGCGAUGGUCAGAGGAUAUAUUUUAAUGGUUGUUCAUGUGUCGCUGUUAACGGGGAAGUGGUCAGUCGAGGACUUCAGUUCGCUUUGCACGAUGUUGAGGUAGUUACAGCAACAAUAGAUCUCGAGGAUAUCCGCUCUUACCGCACUCAGAUUAGAUCCAGGUCUCACUUGGCAGCAUCUAAUACUCCAUUUCCGCGGAUAAAUGUUGACUUCGCAUUAUCUGAUGACGAGGACAUACAUUUGACUGUAAGUCAGCCUAUAGAAUGGAAAUAUUUGACGCCUGAGGAAGAAAUUGAAUUGGGUCCCGCAUGUUGGCUGUGGGAUUACUUGCGGCGCUCUGGUCAGGGCGGCUUCUUCCUGCCGCUGAGUGGGGGCGUGGACUCCACCAGCACCGCCUGCAUUGUCUUCUCUAUGUGUACGCAGAUCUGUGACGCGGUACAAAAAGGAGAAAGUCAAGUACUAUACGACGUGCGUAAGAUACUCUGCCAGUCAGAUUACACGCCGUCAGAUCCUAUGGAGUUGUGCAAUCGUCUGCUUGUCACAUGUUAUAUGGCCUCAGAGAACUCCAGUCAGGAAACUAAACAACGCGCUCUGCAACUUGCAAGUGAGAUCGGAAGUUAUCAUUUUCCGAUAGUAAUCGACUCAGCAGUUAGCGCAGUUCUAGGCAUAUUCACUACUGCAACAGGUCUUGUGCCUAAGUUCAGGAGCAAAGGUGGUUGUCCUCGACAAAAUCUAGCCUUGCAAAAUAUACAGGCUCGUCUACGUAUGGUGCUAUCGUAUUUAUUCGCCCAGUUAAUGCUGUGGGCGCGAGGCAGGCCGGGCGGCUUGCUAGUGUUAGGCUCGUCUAAUGUUGACGAAGCACUGCGAGGUUAUAUGACGAAAUACGACUGUUCCAGUGCAGAUGUCAAUCCUAUAGGCGGCAUAUCUAAAACUGAUUUGAAAUCUUUCCUACAGUACGCUAAGAAUAGAUUCUUCUUACCAUCUCUAUCGGAGAUCCUGCAAGCGCCGCCGACGGCUGAGCUGGAGCCGCUCGCGGACGGCCAGAUUACACAGACCGAUGAACAGGAUAUGGGCAUGACUUACGCGGAGCUCUCACAGUUUGGUCGCCUCAGGAAGACACACCAUUGCGGACCAUUCAGCAUGUACCAAAAACUGGUACAUUCCUGGAGCAAUAAGUGUACACCGCAAGAAGUUGCGGAGAAAGUGAAGCAUUUCUUCCGUUGCUAUGCGAUCAACCGUCACAAGAUGACGGUGUUGACUCCGGCGUACCACGCGGAGACUUACAGCCCCGACGACAACCGCUACGACCAUCGCCCCUUCCUCUACCGCGUGCACUGGAACUGGCAGUUCAAGGCCAUCGAUGACGCCGUAGCACAAAUGAUGAAGGACAAAAGAGCGUCCAGUGUAGAUAGACCUGCGAAGGUUGACUCAAUGGGAAGCAACAACUCCAUUACGUCAACACUGUCCGCACCCUUCAACAUGCGCAGAGAUAGGAAAGGAGUAUUAAUUUAAUUUGUAUUAAAUUAGUAUUAGAAGUAGUUUAGUACCAGUAGUUAGUAUUAAGUAUUUCAGUAGUAUUCAAAAAUCUUGUUUUUUUAAUAUAGGUUGACCAAAAACUGAGCCUUAAAUUAAGACUUAAG